UCCAUCCAACUAAAAAUCCUCAUAUUCAUUCCUUUUUCUCUUCCUAUUCGUAGCCUUUUUUUUUUUGCUUGAAUUUCCUAUUCCUAGUCUAGUACUAAAUAGUAGCUGUAUUACUCAACUUAUGACCAAGUUUUCUCAGAGGAAAUUGCUGUAUCGUUUUGGGUCUCUGGUUUAUUUUUCUCAUGUGGACAUGUCAGCUUUCUCUUCUCUCAGCUUGGAUGAGUGGGUUAUUUUUUGGGUGCGUGUAGCGAGAUAUGCUUCAAAUUUUUACUCAACCAGAUCAAGUCAAGGCUGAGAAUGAGAUAUUGUAACAUUUCUGAGAUGGGUUUUUCGUUUUGGCUUAUGAUAAUUUGAGGUAAAGAGAGUCAGUCCCUUUGAGCUCUUGUUAUAUCCCUUUUUCUUAUUAUAUUUUUGUUUUAAAUCUUAUGCCCCCAUUGUGAGAGAUUUUCUUUCAGUUUCAAAAAUUGGACUCUAGUUGUUCGUUAAAUAGUCGGAGAGAAAAGUUUUGAAAGUGAAUUUGAGUUUUGCCAAAAUUAGAAAAAUGAGAGAUUUCCCAUCUUGUUUCGGUGAAAAUGGAGUUCAAGUUGCGGAUUCUUCUUCGUCGAACAGCAGUAAGAAUUCCCAGAAUCUGGUUACUUGUGUCUAUCAAUGCCGGCUUCGAGGAAGGUCUUGCUUGAUUACUGUGUCAUGGAGUAAAAACUUGAUGGGUCAAGGCCUUACUGUGGGAAUUGAUGACUCUUCGAAUCAGUGUCUUUGUAAGGUUGAUAUUAAACCAUGGUUAUUCUCCAAGAGAAGAGGUUCAAGGAGCUUAGAAGCGUAUUCUAGUAAGAUUGAUAUAUAUUGGGACUUUUCUUCUGCAAAAUUUGGAUCCGGGCCUGAACCAUUGGAGGGGUAUUAUGUGGGAGUUGUGGUAGAUCGGCAAAUGGUUCUCCUUCUCGGGGAUUUGAGAAAAGAAGCUUUCAAAAAGACUAGUGCCACUCCUAUGCCUUCAGAUGCUGUUUUUGUUGCCAAGAAGGAACACAUCUUUGGUAAGAGGGUUUUCAGCACCAAGGCUCAGUUUUGCAACAAUGGUCAAACUCAUGAUCUUGUGAUAGAAUGUGACACGAUUGGGGUGACUGAUCCGUGCCUUAUAAUCCGGGUAGAUGGUAAGACUCUGAUGCAAAUGAAGAGGCUCCGAUGGAAGUUCAGGGGAAACUAUACCAUCUUGGUUGAUGGCCUUGCAGUUGAAGUUUUCUGGGAUGUCCACAGUUGGCUCUUUGGUACAUCACUUGGGAAUGCUGUUUUCAUGUUCAAGACAUGCCUGUCCGCCGAGAUGUUGUGGUCUAGUCAAUCUCUAGCUGACCCGAAUGCUUUACCGUGGUCUUUUUCACAGCGAUUUUCUGAUAGCAAAGGGUCAUCUCUUGGUUUUUCGCUGAUAUUGUAUGCUUGGAAGAGUGAAUAGAGUGAGCCGGAGGUCUUCAAUGAGUACUAUUUGCUAACUGAAGCCACCUAGUGAGUGAGUAGUGAUUAUUCUUGUCAACUAUGCGUUUGGAUUACACCAAAUUAAAUCAUAUAUGAAUCCAUUUGUUCUUUGUUAUCCUUUUCUUUUUUCUUUUUCUCUCCACUCUUCAGUAAAUUAAGCCACAUGAAUAGAUCACAGACAUUUUUUUUUUCUUUCCCCUCCUGCUGGUUGUAUAUCCCUCUUACAAUGUUAAAUUCGCCCUCAAUAUGUUUUUCCCCUCUAGUGAGUAUUCUGUUAACAAAGUCAUGAUUUUGAAUCUUA